UUUUUUAAUAGUAAUUAGUUAGAUUUUCAUAUUUGAAAUAUGAAAAUUAGAGUUAUUUAGUUAAUUAAUAUAAUAUAUUAUUUAAAAACGUGUCAGUUAGAGAAAUAAUGUUCGAUUUGAUAAAAAGAAUAAAAUAAAAUUUGUUUAUUAAAGAUUUAGAUGAUCUUGUGGAACGUUUAAAUGAAUGUGAAUAUUCAUUUAAUAGUCAAUAUGAUUUAAUAGAAAAUGUUAAUAAAAUAAAUCGAAAAGAAAAUUCAUCUCGAUCAUGUAAAUCACGUUUUGAUUUAUCAUCAAAAUUAUUUUAUUAUUCUAUUGAAAAUAUCUUAACUAUUGAAAAAAAAACAGAUUAA